ACAAAUACGGUAUGUUUAACAUUGAAAUGGUUACCUAUGCAACUAGUGCUCCUACCGGCAUUUGACAUGUCAAUUGCUUGUCAAGGUUCAGUCACAUAUACCUUACCCCUUGCCAUAUUUCACAGUGACUUGGUGAAGGUCACAUUUCACCUGUACGCGGGACAGUAGGAAGAUGAUUUAAAGGCAUCGAAACAAUGUAUUCGAAAAAGUGCAGAUGACCUUUAAUAAAAAAUUGCUUGGCGUGUUGAUCGGAUUUUGUUUUUUUUUGGUCGUAAUGAAUUUUCUUGGUGCAGGUUAUAGGCAAUUCAUAACACCAAACAUAAAUAUCUUUUUCGCAAAAGUUAAAAAAAUAUUGCCAGUUAUAUUUAGGUGAUGCUUAACUUUUGGCGGACUGUAUAUAUUAUUCUAAUAUGACGUGCUUCUUUCGCUUUGUAAACAACACUGUGAUAAAAUUCUCGAUAUAUCUAUACUUAGCGCAGACUCAGAGAUGUGCACAUUGAUGGCUGUUACUAUUUACCUCCCAUGUAAAUCCACAUGUAUCGUAACCUAUGUGCAAACACUAUGUCGAUUUCGUUGUGUCCAAAUUGAAAUUGAAAAAAAAACUACAGAACCGUUAUUCCUAUUAUAUAUCAUAACAAAAAUAACGCUAACGCUCAGGAUAAAAAUCGAAUAUCACGGCACAGGCCAUGUGUAAAUAUCCAACAAAUCUAUGGUUUCCAUGAAUUAUUUAUUAAAUACAUGAAUGAAUGAAUAAACGAAUAGAUAGAUAAAUGACUGACUGACUGACUGACUGACUGGAUGAAUGAAUGAACAAAUGAAUGAAUGAAUGAAUAAAUAAAUAAAUAAAUAAAUAAAUAAAUAAAUAAAUAAAUAAAUAAAUCAAUCAAUCAAUCAAUCAAUCAAUCAAUCAAUCAAUCAAUCAAUCAAUCAAUCAAUAAAUAAAUAAAUAAAUGACAUUUGCAUAGAUAAAGUAUAUUUAGUGUACAAUAUCAUGAACAUUCUACUAACGCUUGUUAGAUGUGUAAUAGAGAAAACCCUAGCAUCUACCUAAAAUAUAUUUACACAGAAAGUAUGAUUGUGUUUAUCUACUGUCAAACAGAAAUUAUUCUGGUCAACGCUUGAACUCAAAACUAAUUAAAACAAAAUUGUCGUACUUGUUUUCCUAAGAUUGGGUAAAUCGUCGAUAUGCACUUCAUUAACGUCACACUAAAAUAGCAUAAUCAAAACUAACAUUAUUGUACUAUGCGUAUGAAGUCCUAUAUUUUGCAGGUAGUAAUUGUAAGGAAUAGUAUUAACAAUUAUCAAUCAAUAAACAGGGGACUUUAGUCCAAAAAGUGCGUUUUCCUUUGCCAAAACUUUACGAUGUUGUGUAGGAUUUAUCCAGCCAUGUCCCUUCAGCAGCGUGAUCUGCAUUUUGUGACAAGUUAGAUAUUCAAUUUUCCAGUCUUAGUUAUGUUUGCUGCUUUACGGUAUUUACCUUUAUUUGUAACGUUAAAAAUUUGUUUUGAAAGGCAAGGAUGUACUAUACAUACGUGGAUACGUAAGCUUAGGGACAUAUGACAAAAAUUAACCUAAAGUAAUAGACAUAUUCAUCCAAUGUCAGCUUCACCUAAGUUGUAGCCUUCAUUCCUUAAUUACUUCGGGUUAAAAAACAAACAUGCUAAAUUUGGAAAAUCAGUCAUUAAAAUUACGAAAAGAAUUUUUUUUCACUUAUAUUUAUAAAACGAAAAAUGUGGGAUAUAUUUUUGUAAACACCAUAAUAAACUCAAACUUAUAUUCUUGUAUGUGUCUACAAUAAAAUAGAUCUAUUCUAUUUUUAGAAUUUUACCUGUGGUAAUAUGAACGUAACGAAAAUACGUCACUAUAUGUGGCGUUGAUACAUUCAUGUGACGCACAGUUUAUUACAUGUUUGUGGUGUCCAGGUGUGCUGUUCUUGGAUUCAUGGGAGGUGUCCGUUGUUAUUUUGUGGUUUAAAUGUUGUAAUAUACUAUACUAUUAUUUAUUUAUGUGUUUCUCUGUCCUGAUUAUUCUUGCGUUUAUUUGCACUGUAUUCCUGUCACAUAGCCACAAAACAGGUUCAACCCACCAUUUUUUUCUUAAAUGGCCUGUACCAAGUCAGGAAUAUGGCAAUUGUUAUAAAAUAGUCCGUAUCUAUGUAUGUUGGCAAUUUUUUGUUGUUGCAGUUCAGUGUUUCUGUUGUUCCGUUUUCGUUCUAACAGUCGAUGUGUUUCCUUCGGUUUUGGUAUGCGACCCGGAUUUGAUUUCGAUUAAUCAAUGUAUGACUGUUGAACAUAGAUAUACUGCUGUUUUCUUUAUUUAAUUCGGUUUCAAUCAUAAAACUUCAGGAAUCGCUCAGUACUUGGGUAACUUUAUUCUUUCCGUUAUCCAGAGAGCUAGAUUACCGCUGUGAUCUGAACCUCUGCCUGAUUCGGUGCCACAGUGACUGAAUGUACUAAGAAGUUAAUCUACAUUGAACAUUAGCCAGAUGUGGCAAGUUGCGUUCGAUCCCGAUCCCAAUAAAAUAAAAUUGCCAGUUUUAUUGACGAUGGACGGUGGUUCUCUCAAUGUUCACCGGCUUCGUCCACUUAUAAAACAUGGCCGGGAUGGAAUGGCUACAAGAGCUCAAUAUGGCGUUAAACACAAAUAACUUAAUCAAUCAACCGAUCAACCUCUAGUCGGUUUUUGUAGAGACAAUUGGCGAUUAAACUGUUUCUGUUUCUUUAAGAAUUUAAUAGUUUUACCUUUUCAUUCGUGUUCCAAACGUUAACUUAAGGACUCUUCUGAACAUUUGUAUCUUCUGUAUCAUGUAGUGGUUACCUAAUCUACACACAAAAAUUCCGAAAAAAAUCGCGGCCUCAAGUAAGCGUUCUUCAACUAAUCUUUUAGAUCUUUUAAGAGCUACUAAAACAUUUUGAAGGUAAAAUAUCAAAAACACCGAACCGAAAAAUUCAAAAACGGAAUGUCCUUUAUCCAUUCGUUUGAUGUGUUAGAGCUUUUGAUUUUGCCAUUUGAUUAGGGACUUUCCUUUUAGAAUUUUCCUCGAAGUUGAGUAUUUUUGUGAUUUUACAUUAUCAAAUGGAAAAAUAAAACGCUCAAACACAUCAAACGAAUGGAAAAUAACUAUCAUAUUCCUACUUGAUAGAGCCAUUUCCUUAUGUAGAAAACAUAGAAUGUAUCAUUAACUUAUUUUUAUACACUUUCUCGUGAUUUUUUAUUGUUUUUCUGUCAUGUGGUUUUAAUUGUUUGGACCAAAAAAUUGUCACAGUUUAAGUAUUUCCUACAAUUGCUGUAAAAUGGUGAAAGUACAAUGUAUGAAAAGAAAAUGUAAACAAUUAUUUCCGCAUUAGUUGAAAUUUCCUGUAAUUAGUUUCACAUUGUUUAAUUCGGUGACACUUAAUAUUUUUCAAUAUUGCCCUAGAUCUCUUCUAGUUAUUUGUGUCGUUUGGUUGCGGUCUCGUCGAUAUAUCUUUUAACGGUAAUCAUUUGUAAGUUGAUCAUUGAAGUAAUCAAACUAAGACUAACAAGUCUGUUAUAUUGUAUGGAGCUCCCGGUUGUAUAACAGUUGUCGUUCGGUACAUUUAAGUCAAUUUUAAGAUAUAUGAACUUGUCAAAAAGUUAAACAAACUUAAUUUCAAAGAAAUAUUGUUUUUUAAAUCUGUACAAGAUUAGGCCCUCCAAGUUUUUCGGGACAUAAAAUAUACAAUCGUUGUUCUGUCCAAAUGGGACUUCUUGUAAUCCGUCGACACCAGACAAAUAUUCAACAAUCGUUAUUAUGCCCAACGGGUCUUAAUAUAAAAACUUUGCCAAAGCUGGACUUAUCGUGUAGGCCCAAACGGUACUUAUAAUAGUGUGCCCAACCGAGAAAUCCAAUUUACAGAUAUUGUUUUGCCCAAACAUUAUUUUUAAUAUUUCGUCUAAACGCAUCAUAAAAUCUACAUCCGUUGUACCCUGUUAUAUUCAAACGGGACGUAUCAUAAUCCAACCACAAGGAACAUAAAAUCUACAAUCGUAGUUCUGUCCAAACCGGGCAAAUAAUCUACAAUCGUUAUUAUGGCCAAAUGAGACUUCAUAUAUAAAUCGUGUAGGCCCAAAUGGUACUUUUUAUAUUGUGCUCAAACGAUAAAACCCAAUCUUCAGACAUUGUUUUGCCCAAAUGGGACUUUUAAUAUUUCGUCUAAACGUAACAUAAAAUCUAAAUGCGUUGUUAUACCAAUACGGGACGUAUCAUAAUUCAACCACAAGUGACUUAAAAUCUACAAUAGUUGUUCUGGCCAAACGGGACUUUUUUUGCUGUGCAUGUACUGAUUUUGUGUCAUGGAUUGAAACCCCAUAUCCUUUGUUUUUCUAUUAUUAUAAUCUGUCUAAACCGGACACAUAAUCUACAGUCGUUAUAAUGCCCAAAACGAGACUUAAUAAAUAUGCAAUCAUUGUUCUGCUCAAACAGGACCUAUUAUGUACUCCGUUGGAUUUAAACCUCGCGUACCCGACUCAUAAUGUGGUUUGUGGACUAAUAUAUAAAAAAAAAAGAAUAAUUAUUGUACUUAUCUUUUUCCUUUCAUUUUGUUGUUGUCGUGUUGAGGUGUUUUUCUUCUCAUCCUAAUUUUGAUAUAUUUGUUUAAAAAUUUAAAAAGUGAAACUUUUGUUUUUUUGACCCCAAAGACAAAUCUUGCUCAAUUUCUGAUUAAUAUUUUUUUCUGGUAGUGCAAAGCCGUAUUUUACGUUCCUUUAAAAAACCGAUAAGGAGUCUUCAGGUGAAAAUAUAAUAUUGACCUGUUGCACGAGCUGUGUCUGAGUGUUUACGUUGAUUUUCCUCGAGUUCAGUCAUGAAUGAGCAAACACUUAUGAUGACAAUCGUCGAACUGAUCAGAUGUGAGUUGUAUCGAUGAAGGAUAGGCUAGAAUAUGCAUGUUUAUAAGCAAGUAAAUACCAAAUAAACCAGUUGCGAAAAUAUAUAAAACUUAAACAAUACAUAUCCAUACGCAGGAUUAAGAAAUGAAUUGAGUCUACACCGACUCUUUGGACUAACACUUGCAACAAAUGACGACUCUGGUUUCCGAUAUAUAUAGUUUUAUAAGUUAAGCAUGGAAUGCAAUUUACAUAGUGGGUACUGCUCAGUGUAAGACUUAAAAUCAAAUGAUGAAAAUGUUUAAAUAACAAACAAGUAAUAACUUGAAUAUACUUGACAAAUAUCACUCUAAAUGCGUGACGAAUUCAAUUGACAGAUUAUGGAAAAGGUAGCACAUAGCUUAUGAUCAACAAUAGAACAUGCAGACUACUUUAUCAAAUUAAAUAGAUACAAUAAUACUAGGUAAGAUUGAAGUAGAUGUCCCUUAUUGAAAUACGUUACAUGUAUGCAAUACCUCUCACAACAAGAGUUUUAAAGACUGGUGAGUAACUGUUCUGUAUCUAAAUUUUUGAUUACAUGUUCUAACUUAAAAAACCCAACGAUUUCUAUAAAUUCAGUUGUUAUGUACGAAUAAUUGAGGUAUGAAGUAUUUGUAUCAAAAUCCUUCUUUGCAGAUUCAGUAUGAAAUUAUUAAUUAAGGGAAUAUACGCCCAAACAGUUUUAUGAUAGAAAUAAAGGAUACUUAAUAUACAAAAUUAUGUGUACACUUUGAAAGGUAUUUAUAUACAUAUAUAAACAAAAAUCCUAGUAAGGAAAUAUGAUAUUGUUGUCAUUGAGACAACUAUAUCCACCCAAUCCGAACCCCUACAACGUAUUAAGAUUGCGAUUAAAUAUCUCAUUUGAAACUCACAAUUGCAAUACGUAAACAAACAGUGUAUACAAAGUGUAUUAUCUAUAUUCAAGAUAAAACAAACAAUCAGCAAAGACGAAAUGCUACUGCCAUUCUAUCAAGAAUUGUAAGAGACUGUAAAAUAUAUUUCGGAUAAAACUAUUAUAACAUUAAUGGUUUAAAUUAAAUCUACUCUUCUUAAGAUAUCAAAGCAGGUCUUGGCAACCAUAUCGUACUACUUGUAUAAAUAAAGAAAUACAUGACUUUGUCGUCAAACUGUACAUUUAUUGGAAAACAUCUUUCUUUAAUACUUUAAAUGACAGAAAUACAGCAGUCAGUGAUUAACAUAUAAAUCGGUUAUGACUGUGCCAUUGAUUUGAUACAUAUAGUUCGGAAAAAAAAUGAUUGCGUCUCGAUAUGAGGUAGACGUUCGAUACGUUUUAAAAACGAAUUAGAAAUGUACUUUUAAAGAAUGGCUUUAUAUUUGAAUAAAUUUUGAUAUUUGAUAGUAACAUAGAUAUUUUUUAAAUGAUGUGGAUCUAUAUUUAGGAUUUAAACUACACGGUUUCCAGAAGGUUAAAUGUAAUAUUUCUAUCUUAAUUUACUAUCCUAUUAUUUAUGAUAACUGUAUGACAAAAGAUAGUAUGUUUCAAAACUUGAGAUUUUGCCAAUAUUGAUAAUUGAAUAUUUUGUUAUCUAAUUAUUGCAGUCCAAUACUUGUGAUUAUCUGAAAAGGUGAGUCAUGGCCUCUAACCCAAAGGUAGAGAUAAUUACAGAAACGGAUAAGUGUUUGCCUAUCGUAGAACACUUAGCUAAGUGUGACUUUAUAGCUUUGGAUGCUGAGGGCAUCAACUUGGGAAAAGAUGGUCCUUUGACUCUGUUACAGAUCGGAACAAUGGACGACAAAGUUUAUCUUUUUGAUAUUGAAACAAACACAGAUUUAUUUAGAAAAGGGAAGCUGAAAGAUAUCUUACAGUCUGACAAGCCAAUAAAGGUUAUACACUCAUGCGCAGGUGACAGUGCUGCACUAUAUCACCAGUUUGACAUCAAGCUAAACAAUGUGUUUGACACACAGGUAGCUCAUCUUGUGAUCGAGGAAAACAAAGGACGGAAAUUGCCCCCUUCUAUGAAAUUAAGCGAUGUAUGUCAAAUGUACAACGACAAAGCGAAACCACUAGAUCAGAAAGACGAAUUAAAGGUAAAAUGGACGAAGGAAGAUGGAGAGCUAUGGGCUAGGAGACCAUUAACAGCUGAGAUGAUCGAAUACGCUAGUAAUGACGUCACAGCCUUAAUACCUACAGUUUAUCAUAAUCAGAAAAGAACCUUGGAAGAGAAUAAAUUAUUAACUAAAUAUCAGGAAAGAGUUGAAGAUGAAAUCAACUACUAUAUAGAUGAAACUGCUCCGCAAAGAAGGCGAACAAGGGUUGAUGGAAUAGUGGAAUCGAUAAUAUCAGAUAUUGAAAGGAAAUAUGGAAAGGAUACAAAGUUCCAGGACAUAACAGAUGAGGAUGAAAUAAAUGCGUUACACAAUGUCAGAUAUGAUGCAGAAGUAAUGUCCCCAUUUAUUAAGCAACUGAAGACAGAAAUGAUCAAAGCACAACUUAAAGAAUUAGGUGAUCAGCUGUCAACAGAAGGCAAUACUUUUAUUCCGAAGGCGAGAUCAUAUGGAUUCCUUAAGGCUUAUCAGAAUAUUCCAGAUAAAGAUAUACAAGAAGAAGCAAAACGUCUCCAGAAAGCAUUAGAUACCAUUAUUCUCUCUGAUAUGGCUAACAAAUACAGUUUGAAUACAAAAGUCAACGUUGUUAAGAAAUGCGAGAAAGAUGCAUUGCAGAGUAUUCGACCAAGGCAUAAAGAUGACAACAAUUUUAACCCCAUUCUCUUAUCCCUUUAUUGGCAAAAGCAAGAAAUAGAUUUAGAUUUUGAAAUUGAACAAUUGGAAAUUACUGGGAGGAGCUAUAGGAUAACACAAGGAAAAUAUAAAUGGAUUAAAUUUAAUUGCAGUGCCAAUGUACCAAACGGAAUAAAAAUUAAAGCAAAAAGACAACUCGUUAAAUUGGACAAAACAUUUGGAAAGGGAAAAUAUUCAGCUUGAAAUUAACGCGGUCAACAGUUAAAACUUGAUAAUAUGUCAACGAAAAUCAUUAUUAAGAAGUGAUUUUCAAAUGAUUUCAAUAAACUUAUAACACAUAAUAUAAUUGAUUUAUAAAAUUCUUAUUUAAUAAAUGUAUUAAUUCAUAAA